UUUCCACACGCGUCCAUUCACAAAUCCGCCCCGGGAGGAACCACCUCGGUCCGGAGCGACCUGUUACGCAGCUGCUUUCCCCCCCGACCUCCUCUGCUCCGACCUCCUCUGCUCCGUCGCCUCCGGGUGGUGCUUUCUGAGAGGAGGAGAAGCCAGCUUUCAGUUUGCAGGAGAGGUGGAGGUGCACCCGUGGGCUCGUGUGAAGUCCUCCCGUCGGUCCGCACUGACGCGGGGAGUCUCUCUAAUAUGACCCGGGACUCCGGGGAUGAGAGUCAUGAGCUGGACGCGUCCUUGUCCCGGACUGGACCUGAGCCACUGUCUCUUCUACCUGAGCCUGCUCCUGUGGACCAGACGCCUGAGUGGACUGGCUGACUUCUCUAACUACCUGUCCAGAAUCAUCACCAGCCACUCGGCCCACGCGUGUGACGGACAGCCCCUGCGUCUCCACUGUCCUCGUCACUCCACCAUCUCCAUCCAGUCGGCCUUCUACGGGAGCGGGGAGGUGUGGGCGUGCAGGGCCGACCCCGACCCCCCGCUCGGGGCCCACAACCACAGCUGCUCGGCGUUCACCGCUCUGCAGAAACUGCUGUCGGAGUGUCAGAGCCACAGAGACUGCCAGCUCCCUGUCAAUCACCUGCUGUUUGGGAAGGACCCUUGUCCCGGGACUUCCAAGUACCUCCACGUGGACUACAGGUGUAAACCCACUGAACACAGGAGACAUGUGGCCUGUGAGGGAGACACCCUGGUCCUGGGCUGUAAGCCCCCCAGGCUGCUGAUCAUCUAUGCAGCUGUCUACGGCAGAAGCCUGGGCCACGCUGACACCUGCCCCUCACACCUGACGAGACCUCCCCCUUUUGAGUGUCUCGACCACGCGGCCGUGCACUCGGUGACCAAGUCCUGCCACGGCAAACAGAAGUGUGCUGUUGCUGUCAGCAACCAGACCUUCAGGGACCCCUGCUUUCCAGGAACCAGGAAGUACCUCAGUGUGAUCUAUUCUUGUGUCCCACAGUCUUUACUCAGGGAGGCCGACCCCGACGUGUUCAGCUCCACCUCGUCUCCGCCUGUGGAGACAGACAAAGCUGCUCCUGUAGAUCUGGAAGAGCUUUUGGCCAAAGGGUCGAGAAGACCAGGCAACUCGGGAGCUGUGAUGAGCACUUCUCUCCUGACCUACACAUACAUCAGAGAGCAUCCAGAAAUGGCGGCACUGCUCUUCACCUCCAGCGUGUGCGUUGGCCUCUUGCUCACACUGCUGGCUGUAUCAGUCCGUGUGACCUGCAGAGGGCGCCAGGUCAGAGAUCACAGACUCCAAACCAGGUCUUGUAGCCAGACUGUAAAACGCCAGGUGGAGGAUGAGGAAGAGGAGGACGAGGAUGAUGAUGAAGGAACGGAAAGUUCUUUAAUCUCCACCACAGAGCGGAAGGUGGUGUGUGAAUGGGAGGAAGUGACUAAUGUGAGUGAGGAAGCCGAUCGAGCGGAGAGGAUCGAGCGCAGAGAUAUGGUCAUACAGGAGAUCUCCAUGAACGCCUACCUGAACGGCAGCUCCUGUUAAACGGACCAGAGACAGAACAAGAGACUCUCAGAGACGUAUGUUUAUGUGUAUUUGCAGGAGUUUUCUCAUUAAUGAAGAAUGUAAUGUUUUAUGGAAACAGCAGAAAUAGCUGUUUUAAUGCUGUAAAAUGUGGGCACAUAAAGAAUCUGUAAUUACAAAUAUAGAAUUUAGUAUUUUUUACAUUCAGCACCAAAGAAUGUUACAGUUCUGAUUCAUCAUUGAGGCGUCUCACAGCAGCGAAGAACAUCUCUCCUCUGCUUUGUUUAAAUGGAAACCAUGAAACACAUGUUCUCUCAUCUUUACCCUCUGGAUUUAAAGCAACACUAUUUGAUUUUUUUUACCUCGAAACAUCAGCUUCAGAAUGAGUUAGAUGGUUCACUGACCUGGAAUAUGAAGAAUGCCUUCUCUUUCAUUCCCACUCCUCACCCUAAACAUCUCUUCUCUUGUGAGAAGUGUGGAACUAACUGAUUGUCGUGGCUUCAAUGAUCAGAGUCAGGUACAGUAAGUUGAAGAGUGAAGCUGAACUGUAGCUCAGUUUGUCAGAACCUAGUUCAAGGGUUGUGACAAAGUAGGAAAGACCACGGAUGAAUUUAAAAUAAGUUCAGUUAAAGUUUGAAAGCUGUAUGACAGCGUGAGACAAAUGCAUCAAAACCUCAGACACGGAGCCCAACUGAGUUAAUCUCCGGGUGCAGCUGCAGAGGGCGCUGUUGCUCAGUGAAAGCUUCGUAGUGAUGCUUUAAACACGGGAGUUGAAACCAACACCUUUUGUAAAAAUCACACAUUUGCAGUUUCAUGUCAAAGAUCAUCGUUUGUAACUGCUGGAAGAAAGUUUAAAAAAAUAUAUAUAUCAUGCCAUUGUUUUCCCUACAGUAUUGUGGUUAUUAACAUUUGCAGCUGUUCAUACCAGAGACCAUUUAAAUCGAACCUAAAAGAGGUGGAAUCAGCCUUUAAAUUCUCACAUUGUGUCCCAGAUGUGUUUUAAGGCCGUGUUUCUUCAAACCAGCGACACAUCUCUGAAUUCAGCUGAGUCAACAUCUCCCCCGAGUCCGACCCUGAAUGAAACACUCUCGCUUUGAGCUCGACCACUUCCUCUUCCCUGCUGGGACAAGAACUGGAACGACCAACUACUGUGUGGAAACUUCCUGUCUCACAGCAGCACUGACUUUAAGAGGUUUAUGUGUGUGUGUGUCAGUGAGAGGAGACAAAGAGAGGAAAGGUGUUGCAUCCUUGCUGCUGCACAAGGGAUGAACUUUUCCAAGUCUUUGUGAAACACUUAGCACACUAUUAAUACUAAAUGUAAGAUCAUUCUGGAUUCACACGCUACAGUGGACAUUUUUUUGACAAAACAAAAAUGUACAGUAGCUUUUAAUUUGUUU